GGUAUCCAAUCCUAAAGCAGCUAGCUCAAACAGCUCGGUGCUCUUCCAGCUGGCGGCUGUAAGUAACAUUAUGGCGGCGUGCACAUCUCUCUUCUCUGGCUGCUUGCAUUCUGCACAAGCAAGGACCACUUCCUUUUACAUGAGAAAACUGGCUAUAACGUUGGGGGUCCCUAUCCUUGCAGGACGCAAUCAUUCGACCCAGGCUAGCCAUGAAGCUAUAAUUAUCUCUGGGAAUGAACUGGCAAAACAAAUUCAUAAAGAAGUGCAGAUGGAAAUAGAAAUGUGGGUUUCAGAGGGAAAAGCCAGACCUCACUUGAGUGUCAUUUUAGUAGGUGAUGACCCAGCUAGCCAUAUCUAUGUAAAGAACAAAACAAAAGCAGCAUCUGCAGUUGGUAUUACUAGUGAGACUGUGUGCAGGCCCAGUAGCAUUACAGAGGAAGAACUUCUUGAGGUUAUUAACAAACUGAACACUGACUCUAAAAUCAGCGGUUUGUUGGUACAGCUGCCUCUACCAGGUCAUAUUAACGAGCGAACUGUUUGCAAUGCAGUGACACCAGAUAAGGAUGUAGAUGGAUUUCAUGUAACUAAUAUUGGAAGACUAUGUCUUGACCAACAGGCAAUGGUCCCUGCAACUGCAGCUGCAGUAUGGGAAAUAAUUCAACGAACAGGAAUAAGAACAUUCGGAAAAAAUGUUGUUGUAGUAGGAAGAUCCAAGAAUGUCGGAAUGCCCAUAUCCAUGUUACUGCACUCAGAUGGGCAACAUGAAAGACCAGGAGGUGAUGCAACUGUGACUAUAGCUCACAGAUUCACUCCAAGAGAACAACUGAUAAAUCACACAAAACUUGCAGAUAUAAUCAUUGCAGCAGCAGGUAUCCCAAAACUGAUCACAGCUGAUCUGAUCAAAGAAGGUGCAGCUGUCAUUGAUGUGGGCAUCAAUCGUGUCCCAGAUCCAGUAACGGGCAAAAUAAAGUUAGUGGGAGAUGUGGACUUCCAUGAGGUUAAGAAGAAGGCUGGUUUCAUCACACCAGUACCAGGAGGAGUAGGGCCGAUGACCGUUGCGAUGUUGCUGAAGAACACUGUUAUUGCUGCCAAGAAGCUAUUUGUUUACUAGUAAAGUCCAUUUAAUGAUAGUUGAAAUCAUAGCAAUUGUUCUUACCUCAUAAAAAGUAAAGGAAAAAUUAAGUUUAGUUUAAUAUCAAUGCAUUUCCUUCUGCUACAUCUCUAUGCAUUUUAUGUAACAGACAGCUGAUAUCAUUUUAUAUUUUUAAAGGGUAUGUGACUCAAUCUAUCUAGGUUACCUUCAGUAAAUUUACAGUAGUGAUUAUUGUUACAAUUUCUGAAUAACUGGAAAUGUUAAAAUUAUUCUGGAAUUAUGCUUUGUCCUUUUCAUGACACACAUUACUAUUACAAAGGGCAACAACACACCUUGAUAGAAAGCAGGUAAAUAAUAAGACUCUCAGGUACUGAGUAGAUAGCUCAGUCAUCAGCAAGAAGCCUGAACUUGUCAUGCACCAUUUGUUCUGGUAAUAAGCUAAAAGAGUACAUUGUAAUUAUUCACUACAUCAGACGUGCCUCUUUGCUAUCAGUUUAAUAUGAAUAUACUCUGGACAAAAUAGAUUAUCACCAGCACUUUCUAUAGGAAGUUAAUCUUACUGUACCAGUAAGAAUUGUAAUAAAGAAUUGUUGACAUGUUCACCUAUGACAUAGGAAAUUAAACCAAUUCUUACUCUUUUGCGGAUAUCAUUAAUACAAAAUAUAUCUGUAAUAAUAAUUACACACAAUGCAAUAUAUGAAGACACUCUUAGAGACAAACAUCAGUAAGGAAAUCAAGAGAAAGUCUUUUAUACAUAAAUUUGUUUUCAUGAAGAAAAUGUUAUAUACAUAAACAAUGAAAAUCUGAAUGUGAUAUCAUUGAUAUACAAAUCAAAUGCUGCAGAAAGAUAAGUGGUAAGGCAUCUAUAAAGCCUGAAAAAAUUAUUUAAAUAUUAAUUGUUGUCAGUCUAAGGCACAGUCCCUCAGAGACUGAACUAUACACCAGGAAUCUUUGCAGAGAUAUAGAUUCCCAAAAACCUCACUAACUCACUUGUUAUGUCAAUUGCAUGUAGCCUGUGAUCAGAUGCAUACUGGGAGGCUAACUUCAUUUCAGUGACAUAGUACUAGAUGGCUUAGCAUAGAUUCAUAGGUAGGUACUAGGCUAUCAGCCCAAGGGCCUAAGUAAGCCUAGCCAACAAGGUUCC